AUGACAGUUUGCGCGAACUCCAACGUGGUUUAUCGAUUACUGUCUGACGAACAGUUAUGUGCUACCUUCGCUGUAAAAGCGCGCAGGCAAGGAGAAGAUCGCAGUUGGUGGUUUGAAGUACCUGCGGUAUUUCGCACUCAUAAAAUUUCACUCAAAUUUAGAAAGUCUGCGCUAAUUUACCCUCAAAUAACGCAAAGCGCCGUUCAAGGGCAAGUAGGUUUUGUUCGCAAUCUUUGUACAAAGUCUGCUUUCAUUCUGAAUAAGGUUUUUUUCAAUCCGAAUUCGACAAAUAAGACUACUUUUGCAGUCCGCUAAAAUAGAGUUUCGGUUCCCAUGCAUAAUGAUUCAAAAUUUUUUUAGUUGGCUUUAUUUUCCUUAGGAAGUGUCAAAUAGUUCAGAUCGUAGGCAGCCUCUAAGCACUACGACUUUCAGACCAGACCCGACAGGGGGAGAAGAUAGACGCCGGUCGAAGGUCUUAUGAUGCAUGGUCUACCAUAUUGACAAAAGAACCAAUAACUGAAAAUUCAGACACGUGUUUUGUGGAUUAAUGUACAUUGGCAUCUAGUCGGUUCCUUUAAUGUCAAUAUGGUGAGUUAGAAAAUAUCUAAAAACUGUUCACUGCCGGUUGUUAGACUGGGAGUAUUUCGCUUUUAUCCUGUUGCGACGGAUAGAUUUCGGACCCGAUAAUUAUAUCAACUGCCUGACCGUGCCCAAGAAAUUUACUCCAAGUUUGCACAUUGAUUUCGGAGGUAAUUAGAAAGGCUAAAAAUUAAAAGAACAUAUUUUGUCUGUACAGAAUGUUGUAAGCUUGUGUUGUCGAUGGAGGAGGGAAACCUUCGAGGGAGUUGGGUAACGGCUUAUCCCUAGCGGCCUCGAGGUUAAUUGGUCAGUUUGGUUGCAUUUUAUUAAUCAGCUACCACAUGCCUCUUCCAUGCAUACAAAAUUAAUGUUAUACACAUGCACAAGUAGCUCACUUGUGUGCCUCUUAAGGCGCUUUGGCCGAGACAAAGGAAAUAAUUAAGCAUUCUUUGGAGGGGGGCAUUUUUAAAUUUGUAGCUGUGGGUUCAGUCAGAGAAGAGACUAAAAAAGCAAAAGAAGUUUAUGGAAAAGUUUUAUUUUCAGCAUGUGUGUUUUUUACGGGAGUCCAUCUUAUUUGUUUAAAUUUAAAUGCAGUUGCUAAUUUCUUCUUAAAGAUUUCUGCUUGAAUGUUUAUACAUUCUCGAAUUCACUGGGUUUGGAAAACUUUUUCGUGUGAACAUUUUACUUAAGAUCGCAUGCAUAUGAAAGCACUUUCACUAAAAUUCACGGGAAAUGGUACAUAAGAACGACUACUAUCUAAGCCCAGAAUUCUCUAUGCGAAUGUUUUACAGCUAAUUAAAAUGCGCAAUGUUUUCGUGGUCCUUUAUUAUGAAAAGUCGGCACUCAGGAAAGCAACUGUAAUGGGUGAUUGUUUCACCCACAAUCAUAAAAAAUAGCUCGCGGAAUAUUCUUAAUUAAUAUCUGAUAAUUCCAGGUUGGCUAGGCAGAAAUAUCCGUGUUUUUAGCAAGUUCCUUCGCUCGCAAAUAUGUUAUGCAGCGUAAAAGCCUAAAAAGAUUAUUCUAUCAUUGUCGUUUAGGUUCUAUGCUUCAAUCUCAAGAUAUCGCUUAGUUAGCAUAUUGAUGUACGUGUCUGAAUAGGCAGUUUUGCAACCAAAGAAGAAGGGAUAUGAGGAAUAUCAGCCAUUAAAGAAAGCAGCUUGCAGAAAUUAGCCGCCUAGCUAAAUAGAGGUCAAAAUAGAUCAAUUUUGAGUUCUAUCCUCGUUUAAUUAGUCGACACGUGUCGUCCAAUCGAUGCCAGAGAGGCUUAUCGAGUUGUCUCCCGGAUACCAGCAAACUACCCUAGGGGCCUACGUCAGCGAAUGUUAGCAAUAGCUAAGAUGGCGCCUAUCGGGUUGACGAAUCCACCACUAUAUUUAUAAGCCCCACAAUGAAAACCAAAGUAUAUCCUUACUUCAGAUAUGAGAUUGAAAGAAGACGUAAUUUCUACCGAAUAUGUGAUAGAAUUAAAAAUUUUAUACGAGUUUUUUAUGAUAUAUAAUUGGACUUUUAGGUGUAUCAAAAAUAAAUGGGAUAAAUUUAUGCUUCAUAAUAAGGCGUUUUUUUAUAGAAUGUAUUUUUGCAUGCAGCUGGAAAAAAGUUUACUCGAAAGUCGGCAUCCUAAAGUAAUUAAAAUAUUCUGAAAUUGUUUUGCAGACUAACUAGUUUUACAACCCUACUUAAGUAAUCUUGCCAAAGCGAAAACGUAUUUCGGAAUUUCGGUUGACAUUUCAUGCAUUAGCAUACCCACUGUAUGAACCGCUCAUAAAUCCGACAAUGGUCGACAAUGGUUUGACGAAGAGUAGCGGACUGUCUAGACGGAUUUUCUUGCUUUUUAAUUUCCUCAUAAAUUAACUGCAUCCUUGUGUCAGAUCAGUUAAUGCUACGAUCUAUAGGCACAUACCAAAAUGUGGUGUGUGAAUAUUUAGGCCAACGUCCAUCCAUUACAGCGGGAAGACGGCAACUAUUCAUUAACUGCCGACGGGCAGCAAGCAGUAUAUUUUGGCGUAAGAGGGUACUAUAUUAACAGUACAGAUAAUAGCCAAAAGCCCAUAGAGGCGUGCCUUGCCAGUAUUCUGCCAUUGCAUGGCACAGCUGCGACACGGUUCGAUUCUCCAGUGAGACCCCUAGCAUUCACUGUGUGCUUUCUGGUAGCUACUCCAUUUUAAGAAAUUGUUGCUUUUUAAAUUCCUCAGAAACAUAUUGCUGACUUGGACUAAUUUCGCUGGUUUUCCAUGGAAGAUCGCUCUGCCUGUCAGUACCAUGGAGGAGUAUUUCAGUUUUCAGCAACUCCCUCAGAACUCCCUUGCGGCGUCGAUUUUAAGUCGUCGAUGCUCAUCACCGAUCCCAGCGUCGUGGAAUAAUGUCGCUUUGGUGGUGACCUAACAAUAAUUCUACCGAUUAGAAAAUUUCGUAUAAAUUACGUUUCCCUCCGCUUAUAGAUGCGCUGGCUAUGCCGGUCGAUUACAGCACCCGUUUGUCUUGAGUCGAUUCUGGCUGCUUUUGGCCUUCACUGCAAUUGGUUAGGUUUCUUCGUCUGUCUCUAAUGCAUUUGUUAGAGAACGGUGCUGUUGACAACUAUUGUCAGGAUUGUACGUGUAUAUAUGAAGUACGGGAGAAUGAGCAGCGAUUCAAUGGAAUGGACUACUGGACUGCUUCUCAAACUACAUUUUAGAGAAACAUUAUACACCCUAGCCUACAAAUCCACUUUAUUUUGCCUACCAUAUAAAUCUCGGCUAAUUAAGUGUCUGGUCGAAAACACUUUGUGGUUUGAGUCAAUAUUUUGGAAUUCUUGUUGUAAACUACAUGUGUGUAAGGAUUCGCGUAAGUUUGAGUAUUCAUUUUAGGAAAUAAUAUACUUAAUCUAACGUUGCGCGUUCGAAAGUCACACAAACUUGUACAUAGGUUGCAAAAAUUGGUCAUUUUAAUAUGUUUUGCAUUUAAAUCUGCGCCUGACUGGAACAUUUUGCGACUUAAAUCAUAGAAGGCUGCCGAGGAACCUCUGCCUGGAUAACAGAGGUUGACCUGGUGCAUCUUUUGGCUCAAGGUAAUCUUUUUGACUUUUUUUUUAUUAAAAUCGCUAUCUAACAACCGGUUUCAUCUGGAGCCUAAAAAGCAAACAGUGAAUUCCCGCCAACAAAAUCUCGGCAGAUACUCAUAUUCACACCAAAUUUUUACACAUGAUUGUAGUGGAGCGCGGCUGCAGACAGGACUGCUAUCUCCCUUCCAACCGCUUGUCAUGAAUGCUGUACUUCAUCCGGCAUAUCUUAGAGAGAGAUUGAACUACGCUCUUCCAAUUCUGCAUCUCGUGUUGGUGGUAAGUUAUGCCUUAUAAUUCCAUUGAAUGGCAGCACCAAUCAAAAGAGAUUUAGUGGUAGGGGUUUCUUACGCUGUCCGAGUUUGUCAAUGUCUUCUUACCUUCGUAACAUUAUUGGUUUAAAAAAAACUGUUAACAUUUAGGCCUUUUGGCAUCUGCCUACUGUUUUUUGAUGUGUCGAUAUUCAUUUGGGCUUUUUAUAGGGCUUGGAAUCAGUUUGGGGUUAGUGCUGGGCUAACGUUCAGGGUAGGGGUUAAGGGUUAGAGAUAAGGUUUAGGCUAAGGUUAAAUUUAGGGUAAAGACUAGGGUUAGCCUCAGAAGGGUAAGGUUUAGGUUAAUGUUUGGGGUUAGGUUAAAUGUCAUGGUUAGAAUAAUGUAUGGGGUUAGCUUUAGAAGUAUUUUGGGCUUUAAAUUAGGUUUGACGUUAGGCUUACGGAGAAGGGCAAAUUUUAAGGUUGGGGCUAAGGGUUAGUUAAGGAUUGGUGAUAUGGUAAGGGUUAGGAUUAAGGUUGGUUUUAGGGUUUGUGGUAAGGCUUAUUAUAGUGUUUAGGCUAAGGUUAAGGUUGCUUUAGAAUUUCGCCUAGGGCUAGAGUAAGGUUUGAUUUCAAGUUUGGGGUUAGUUUUAAGGUAAGGAUCAGGUUAAAUUUAAGGGUAAUGUUCUGGGUUAGGGUUAACACUUAAGGUUAGGUUUAGGGUUUGAUUAAAAGUAAAUGCCAGGGUUAGGGCCAACCUUAAGCCCAGGUGUAGCGUUAGGUUCAGUGUUAGUAACGGUAGGGGUUACAAUUGAUUUCGGUUUGGAUUGGGUCUAUAAUUCACUUUUUCUCAUCAUCUUUUGUCUGCCUUUCCACUUGCGGGUCUCGUCUGCGUUUGCCAAUGAUUUCAGUUUUGCAACUUUAUAGGAAUAUUAUUCAGUUCAAUUAUGCUACCAGUAAACAUUCUCAAACUUUUGUCCACUUACCAACGUUCCGUUAUUAUUUACUUAACAUAUGAUCAUAGCCUUAUGUCGUCAUUUCCUUACUCCGCCAUCGACGUUACUUAUCCGUUUGUAUCAUUGACCUUCGUCAAAUGUGCCAUUGUUGCCGUUUUCUUAUCUUACCAUAUCAUUUUCUGCGUUCGCGUUUACUUUGUCGUUUAUUUUACACACUGGCACCCACUUUCUACGGCACGUGCGUCCCUACUGCGUUCUCAUUUGUUCAAGGUCAAGUUCAGUGACCUUGGUCGUCAAAUUACCUUUCUUUCGGGGUGGAAAUUGGUCAUUUUAAUUUGCUUAGACCUCUUUUCGGAUGAAGCGCUCGCCAUUUUGGCCUACAUUUAAACUAAUCACUUUAAGUUUGGGCGAUUUUCUACCAAAAUACCAUCAUUGGGUUACUUCUUAUGUGUUUGUCAUGUGCUCUGCCCAUAAAACCCCUAUUCCCACCGUUCUGAACUUACCCUUCAGUUUCUGUGACCCGGAAAGCGUAACCGAACCUCGCCGACUGAUGUUGCAAAGAGAUCGUACAUUCGAUCGUUUGAUACAAGGAGGAUUGAAAUAGAGCGAAUUGCACUUCUCUGUGAAGACGAAGGACCGCUAAUUGGCGAGUAGAGGUUGACGACUUGAAGGUUCCAAAAUCAGGACGCAGAAAAGACGGUUAGAGGAAAAGAUAAACCUAGGCGAUAUUGUAUACACGCAUCUCAGCAGGUCAAUGCUAGUCUGAGUUUAUGCGCCCGGAAUUCGUCUGGUUACGGCAAAGCGGAGGUAAAGUUACGCUCGUGGACAAACCGGAAGCGGCAUCAGCGAUGGCGACUGUGAGAGCGGACAAUACCAUGAGACUACAGCUGAGCACGCUAAAGCGCCCAUACUCUUUUACACUGGCCAACAAUUAACGCGAUUGGAACGACGGGAUCAGAAAACCAUAAACUGACUCAGAUCAGUUAAAUACACUUCGAACUACGCACCAUUAGAUAGAAAAUAUGAUUUACUAGCGCUUUAGAUGCAUACAUAGCUAAAAAGUAUGAAGUUUUAACGAUAAAAUGUUUGAAGUGUCCAAACGCCGGAUAAGUAGAUGUUAAGGUUGAGUCGCGAUUAACUGACAACGAUCAGCAAGCCCGGAACAGCCAUCAUGAUCCCACGUGAUUUAGUUGACACUCUUUCAUCAGCCCACAUGCUGUUUUGACGAUUUUGGGUUGUGAUUUAUGACUUUGAUUUUUCUUAAUUUCGAAAAUCCAUGAAACACUGUUUCUGCUUCUGUUUUCUAUUAACGUGAGGCAAAAUCUCGUUUCAGAUGGUGUUUAGUAUACUCGCAAUGAUUGGAGGAAUGCUCAAAUCCGGAACAUUGACGGAUUUUGAGCCGUACGAAACGUAUCCUAGUAUUUAUAAUCUCCCAUUUUUGCGGUCCUUCAUUGAGCCAUUUGUAGAGAACAAAUUAGGCAAGUCGACUGCUUCAUUCAAUUGCAUUUAUUUUCUUGCAUUUUUUUGAGUGAAAAAGUAAUUGGAUUGCGUAUACGGUUGUCAGAAACCCUUGGUUCGGACCUGGUUUCCAAAGGCAUGACCGGCCUCUUCCUCUCCCUAUUUGGCUGGAUUGCAUCCGGCUUUCCCUAUGGUAUACUACUGGACAUUGUGAGUAACACAGUAUAAUACAUGCUAUAUAAAGAUAAAUAAUAUAAAGAUUAUAAUGUCUACGAACACGCCUACCUAGAUUCUAAAUUUAGCAACAUUGCCUAUUUUACGUAUGUAAGCAUGUGUCGAAAAUGAAUCUCGCUCCAAAUGCCUCCGGUUAAUUCCAGUUUAUUAGGUGGAAAUUCAGGUUUGUGCCUCCAAAUCACACACUUCUUACGAUAAACCGAAAUAUAUCUAAGAACGCAGGAAACAAAAUAUUAAGCAUGUUCCAAGAAAAUCUCAAAACCUUACAGAAAGAUAAACGCUUCCAAAUGUUAUCAGCGUCCGUAGUAUGUGUACAUUUUUAGUGCAUAGUAUAGUAGUCUGUCUAAACAGGCCCCUGAAAGGAUCCGUGCGGUAGAUGCGUUGGACUAACACCGGGACUAGAUCGGAGUCCGGAAGGCGCUGUCGGGAACCUGCACCAUAACCAAAGUCAACACUGAGGUCUGGCGACAGAGCCAGUUGUGGGCUCACGCCGCACUAAUCGUGAUGCGCACUGCCUACCCAUUCUGGUUGUUGUUUAAAAUCUCAAUCCAGUUUUGUUGGGAACCAAGGGUUGUGCUUGAACUCCGUGCCAGCCAACUGCAUCCUACCCUGCCUCUGGUCACUUCAACUUGAUCUUGACACCGGAUCCGGGUGGGAAAGGAGGGAGUGGUGCGGUAGAUGCUAUUCAAACCCUUUUUUACUAUAACCUAAUUUACGUGCAGGUCGCCGUGCCUGUUCUUAACCUGCAGUGGAGCAGACGGUCGACACUAUCGAAAUCGACGGUCGAAUUAUGGUAGGCAAAUCGUGGACACAAUCCACUUACUCACCCUAUUCACCGCAAGUAAUUAAGAGUCAAAGCUUACGGUAGUUUUCACCACACAAUCGGGGGCAAUCACAAUGACUAAUGCGGAAUUGCGUUGCUAACCCGAAGGCCCGUGUUACAAUCCCAAGAUUUGGUUUGUAAAUUAUCCUAAUGGAAGGACUGUAAAUGAUUUAAAAUGGACAGUAGGUAAGUAUCAUGGUUAUCCGAAGAAAACAAGUGUGUCUGGACCUCGCCACUGGCCGAAAUCCAUUAUUACGUUUUUUAAAACUCUAUUGUGUCGAGAUCGCUCACCUCCACUGCAGGAGAUAUGACCGCGUGAAACAUUCGCCUCACUCCAGCUAGUGCAUCGCAAAUCGCUAGACACCGAUCUUUGGGUAAUGCAACGCACAUCAUUAGGCCCAACCAGUCUUGACCUAACUCCGACUAACAUGUAGAAGGCUCUCUUGGACGGGACAUAACACCAUCAGUACACGCAGUGGCGUCGCCAGGGGCCGCUGCUGCCCGACAGAGUAGCUACCGGUUCUGCUGUCGAGACCUAUUGGUACAUCCACGGUCAAGUCGUUUCAGGCCGGUGACCCCGACGUACUCCGAAUGGGCUAUCUCCGAUCUGGAUCCACAUCCGCUACUGUGGCGCAGUACGGUUUCGAUGGCGUCAGCGCCAACAACAUGUAACGGCACUGGCCGCGGGUAUAAUUUGUGUUAUAAUCAUCAAGACGAAUCCUUAUAAGCGGGAUAAGACAUGUGGGCAAUGACAUGAAUAAAAGCCGGUCCAGAUGCUUAGUACAUCCAACGUGUAAAAUGUUAACUUAAAAAGCACUGUUUUCAAUACUCAGACGUCGACGUCCUUACUUCUUCUCACUGUAUUGCAGUAUAUAAAGCAACCACAUAUCUCAUGAUAAAAAAUUCCUCUAUGUCUCACAAAAUUUAAAACAAUUGUGCUUGUCCUUUGAAAACAAAUUCGUUUAUUGAUAAAACUAAACGAACAUAAGCAUGAGGACAGAGGGAAUCCUACUUAAGCCAGUCCGCUCCAAAAUAGACACCAUUAAUUUGUUCCUUUCCUGCAUGAGUUCAAAUGUCAUCAGAGAGUUAGAAGGGUUCUGUGGUAAGAUGUGGUUUGGCAACCCUACCUGAUGCACACAAUCCUGUUGGGUUUGGGUUAGGAGUAAGGGUUAAAAGUCAGAGUUGGGGUUCAGGAUUAGGGGUUAGAGUUAGAGGUUAGGCGUAGAGUCAAAGGUUAGCACAACUUUUUCUCUCCCAUUCAAAGUCUAACUGCACAUUCCCAAUAGUUCUUCUUUUGCCUAUAAUUACUUGACCUCGUCGCCUGUACGUUACCGGGCCCCACCUGUAAAAAACCCUAUUACCACCUGUCCCGUAUUAGACGUGACUGGGGUUUGCUUACUUCAGGUGGGGCUACGAAGCCACAUCGGACCGGUUCUGAAGCACUUCCACUGCUUUUUGGACCAAAUUAUUGGUACUACACGUAGGCACUUGCAUCUGAUAAAAGUAGACAGUUUGAAGUAGUAGCAUUCGGGUAGUUGGACGCAGAAUCUGUCCGCCCUGAAUUCGAUCUCCUUAAGUGAUUCAUGCUUGGCGUUUGAAUUUCUUGGUUGCUGGUUAUUUUUCAUUGUGUUAUCCAUCGCGAUGCCUCCAACCAGCAAGCUCUAAAUUGCAGCCGAACUCGCCUGUGGAAUAGACAGGAAGAGAAAACGUUUUACAACGAUGUGAACAGAGUAAAUGCCGUUUGUGCAUGAAACGAAACAUGCAUUCGGUAUGCUAUUCGGUAUUCUUAUGCAGCCUCAAGUAGAGGUUAGUAAGCGGCAGGCCAUACCCAUAGUUUUAUAGUAAAGAGGCAGAGUGGUAUGAGUAAAGUAUGCUAACUAACAAUCGAACAGUAGCAAAAAAAGACGAAAAUAGAAAUACAGUCCAGAAAAUUCCCAUAGCAGUUAUCAGAAGACGAGGAGGCAAGCAUACGUAGCUUUCGAUGAAUUCUCGUCGGGACACUGCUACUAUAUGGGACGUAGUUAGAUGUUAAAAAACGUCAGUAAAAUCAGGGAUGUCACACCCAUAGUUUCACAGUGCCAUUCUCAAAGGCUGUUCCGUCAUCAAUCAAGAAGAUCAGAUUAGAAGACAAGCAUUCAUGAGCGAAAAUGGUCUGGCUUUUUCGGGAUGCAAGCCUCUCCGGAAGAACGACUUUUCAGGAAACCUUUGGCAUAAUUGCAGCCACUGACAUUCCUAAUGCAAUGCCGUUUGGUUUGGGUCAAAGAUUCCUGUCUGGAUAAACCGAAGAGAUACAUAGGUUCCUCAAGUCGAUACCGUCUGAGCGUUCUUUCACAUCGUGUUCGGUGGAGCUCUACUUCGUGUCUGAUUACAAGAACAAGAUUCGCAAAGUUCAGCAAGGAAUUUUUAACCAGAAGGGCUCUUUUCUGAUUGGACUGUCUGUGACUUUUCCUCCUUAACAUUAAAAGAUGAAACUGCAAGGGCGGAGUGAAUUUUAAUUGCAUUGCACUCUUAUCCUUCCGUAUGCUUCUUGUUCUGCUUCAUUACUCCUCCCAACAAGCACUUUCAGAAUAUUGGUGUUAACAAAAUGAAACUAAUAUUUUUACGACGCUUAAUAGUUUGGUGACAUCAAUGUGCGUAUACAGUCGUCAAAAAAUGCAGACAUUGCGGAUUUUUUAUGGUAUCUUAAGAAUCCAGUAAUUUGACUCACGAAUUUGCAUUCAUGAAACAGUAAUUUAGUUCUCAUCUUUCGCGUAAAAUUUAUUUUAAAACGUUUGUGCACAAAAAUAAGUGCAUUUUGUACUGCAUGAUCUUUUGAAAGACGAAUCUUAUUUAUUUUCUUCAAAACUAGAAAAGAUCGAACUUAAUGAUGCAACCCUUUUAUCCCAUUAUAGGCUGCCCUGUGGACUCUUGCUGUUAUCGUAGCCAGCUGCUAA